AGAGGAUGAGAGAGAAGCAGAGCGAGAGAUGAGAGGACUGACAUGGAAACCCCCCCUAGGACUGGCUGUAGCCACUGUAGCAUAGCCUAGCCUAGCACUGAACCGGAUAGACCUCUCUCAGUGCCUGUGGAUAUGGAAGUGGGCAGAUGGAGUGCAGAGACGCGCUAAUGAAUGAACUUCAAGUGGCCGGCACAUUAGGCUCACUCAAACCGGCGGCAAUCUGGCGUUCUGGGAUCUGGCGAAAGCGUUUAACACAUCAGACAUCAGGAGUGAUGUGGACGUGGGAUGUGUUGCUGCCGUUGCUGCUGCUGUUGUUGCCGUCCGCUAUCGGAGGUCAAUCUCACUGAGUCAGCGCCAGUGUUGCCCAGAGGAUGGAUGGAUGAGUCAGAGCUGCACUUGUUAAGGACUUGCAUGUGAGAUCUGUGACUGUCCCACCUGGAUUCACACACACAUACACAGAGAGAGAGAGAGCGAGGGCUGCUGUGUGCUACUAUUUCUUAAGGCUAAGCCAUGGAUGCAACUGUAAUCCAGGAAAAAACAUCCAACUCAGUUUGAGGGGAGCCACUGACCAUCUAACCUCAUAUUUGGUUCCCGCUUUCUCUCGUGACAGCAGCUUUAGACAGAGCAGAGGAGGCGCGGCUGAGUUGACCAUGAGUGGAGGGGUCAAUAUGAAGACGAUGCCGAGGGCCCAGGCUGGUUCUGGUAUCCCUCUCCCCCGUAGCAAGCUCCCCUCACCGAAGCCUGAGCCCAAGAACCCUAUCAGGGGCCUGCCUCGACCCAGCACCCAAAUCCCUGCCAACGCUCGUGCCACCACAACCACCAGCUCCUCCAGCAGCAGCAGCAGCAGUAGCAGCUCCUCCUCGAAGGACCUCUUGAGGGACACAACCUUGAGGAACCAGCAUCUGCUGCUCAGGAGGGGCUUGCCUGCUCCCCGGGUGUCCUCCAAGGCGCAGGUCAAGCCCCAGGGGGUACGCUCAGCGUUCAGCAGUCCCCAAGUGCGCCGAAAGGAAGCACCACGCUCUAAAGACACCCUGGACAUGUGCAGAGGAGCGGACAACCUCCAGUACUCGAGGUCAAACGACAACCAGAACUUCCUCUGCGGCAACCUGAGACCUCAGUCCAUGAAGACAGACAAUAUCCCCAACCUGAACUCCUGUGACCUUCCCUGCGUCCUUGACGAGGGCAACAACGGCUCGACAUCAAACGGCAGCGACAUGACUUUUCCAUCUUACAGAUCGAACAAUGACAACCUCCGGCACGCUCCGGAUGCUUCCUCCACCGCCGCUGCCCCCACCGCCGCCCUGUGCUCAGUCUCCCCUGAGGUGGAAGAACAUUCUGGUUCGAAGAAGAAGAGAAUGCGUCUGAGGCAGAGUGCUUCCAGCAGCUUCUCGGACGAGGAGAUGUACACUCCAGAGGACCUGAGCCCCGCCGGCCCCAUACUUGAGACCCCAGUCACGGAGACCCCGGUCCUGGAGAUCCACACCCCGGCCCUGUCCACCCCUCUCCAGGAGGAUCCCCGCAGUGUUGACCUCCUGAGAGGAAAGCAGAAUGCAAGAGUAAAUAUGGCCACUGUCCCUCCAUUCAGAUACAGGCUGCAGAUUCAGGAGGAAAUCUCAUCUUUGGAGGAUUUCAGUGACUCCUCAGACUCGAUUGAAGUUUGCUGUGAGGACCUGUCAACCGGAAGAAUGCCUGGGGGUAACCCCAAGAGCAGAGUAGAGCCGGACAGUGACCACAGCCGGACUGCCCAAGCCCAGACUGCGGAGGACAGCCAAGUGGAAGCCAAGGCACCGGCCGGCAGCAUGGCGGCCAGGAGGGGCAAGUCAGGGCUGCCCCAGAGUACCUCCAGGUCCGAGCUGCGGGUCUACAAGGCGGGCAGCUCCACAGAGGGUCGGCUGCCGGUGCCCACCAAUCUGCGCAAGCAGAAGUCGCUGACCAACCUGUGCGUUCUGACUGACGCUGAGAAGAAGAUGCACCUCUAUCAGCCCAAGUGGUCAGAUGACAUGGCCAAGCCGGGCUCAGGGUACGGCAAGACUGGCAAACCCAAGGAUGGAGGUGUGGGCGCCGGGCGAGGUGGUGGUGGAGGAGGAGGAGGAGGAGGACACGCACCUCUGUCUAGGAAACUCUCCAAGUCCGAGCACUCCCUCUGUCCAGGCAAGUCUAAAUCUUUCAGUCAGCUGGUGCCCCCGUCGAACUUGGCCAAACCCAGCCGCUUGCCGCGCGGGCCCUACGCUGAGGUCAAGCCCAUCAGCAAGGCACAGGAGGCGGCCAAGGAUACCAAGUCUGAUGACGAGAUACUGACCAGCAAGGCUAAAGUGAACGGCAAGAAGGGAGCGACCAGCCCUUCUUCUGGGGCAGCCACCAACGGAGGUGGGAAAGGGCAAGAGGGUGACAAGUCUUUUGUAAAGGUGGACCCCGAGCUGGUGGUGACCGUAUUGGGGGACCUGGAACAGCUGCUCUUCAGCCAGAUGUUGGACCCGGAGUCACAGAGGAAGCGAACUGUUCAGAACGUCCUUGAUCUCCGGCAGAACCUGGAAGAUACCAUGUCCAGCCUGCGGGGGUCCCAGCUCAGUCACAGUUGUAUCGAGAGCAGCGUGUGCUACGACAGCGACGAGACCAACGCGCGGAGCAUCUCCAGCCUGUCCAACCGCUCGUCUCCGCUGUCGUGGCGACAGGGCCAGUCCAGUCCGCGGCUACAAGCGGGCGAUGCGCCUUCCUCCACGGGCAGCCCUGCCGCCCACACCAAACCCCUGCGCGGCCCCAGCCGCUUCAGCCAGAUCCACUGCAUCGAGCUCGUCGAGGGCCUGGACGGCGUCGACGACGAGCUGGUCGACCUCAAGUCCGAUUACCUAGGCGAGGGCCACCUGAAGGGGAAAAGCCUGAAUGAAGAUGAAGAGGAUGAGGAGGAGGAUGAUGUGGACGUGGACGUCGAUGAUGAUGACCUGGCCAAUGGUUGGGAUGAGAGCAGCUCCAUCAGCAGUGGCUUGAGUGACGGCUCAGACAACCUCAGCUCGGAGGAGUUCAACGCCGGUUCCUCACUCAACUCGCUGCCCACCACGCCAAUUGGCUCUCGCCGAAACUCCGCUAUCGUGCUGCGCACGGAUGCGGAGAAGCGCUCCCUGGUGGAGAGCGGCCUGACGUGGUACAGCGAGGAGGCCAAGGCUCUGCGGCGGAGCGAGGGCGGCUACGACACCGGCAGCCUUAAGACGGAGACCUCCAGCAAGUGGAAGAAGAGCAGCCGCAUGCUGGACGAUGGCGGCGGGGGCGGAGGCACAGGGGUCACGGGGGUCAAGGGCGAGCUGAGGAAGCCGCAGACGCUCAGCCAGCAUGGCAGCGGUCUGAAGAAGGGCCGCAACCCUCCCGUCGGGGUCACCUCGCCCAUCACACACGCCUCCCAGAGCAUGCUCAAAGUGGCAGCUCCAAAAAGCAAUGAGAAAGUGGUGGAUAAGGCUAAGAUGGCCGUGAAGAACUCAGGACUUCAGCGGUCAUGCUCCGAUGCAGGGAAGGACAGGGGGGAGAACCGCAAGCCGCCGUCUGGCCUGGUGCGUCCCUCUGCAGGGAGCUCCUUUGGCUACAAGAAGCCCACCCCGACGACAGGCACUGCCACAGUGAUGACCGCAGGCGGCACCGCCAUCUCUGGUGGAUCCGCUACCGUUGGAAAGAUACCCAAAUCUUCGGGCAUCCCUGUCAAACCCGCUGUGGGCGGGGGACGAAAGACCAGCCUCGACGUGUCAAACUCGGAGCAAGGUUUCCUGGCCCCUAAUGCGCGCAGUAACAUCCAGUACCGCAGCCUGCCACGACCUGCCAAGUCCAGCGCCCUGUCACUUGUGGGGGCUCGUCCGGGAGCACGACCAGUAAGCACCACCAUAGAUGUAGGCAUACCCAGCGUGAAGACCUCCUCCAUACCUCCCCCAUCCAGACUCAAAGAGCCAGGCAGUGGGAAGAGCAUGAGCCGGGCCAGCCUCGGAGGAAACGGUCCAGUCAACCAGACGGACCGGGAGAAGGAGAAGGCCAGAGCCAAAGCUGUGGUGUCGGACUCAGAGUGUGGCGAUGGGUCAGUGAAGUCCACCAGCUCCACAGGUUCUUCCCAGUCUGCUGUGGACGUUCCCAGCUCCAAACUGCAGGGUCUCAGACAGCCAUCAAUUGGGGGGAAAUUCUCAGACCACUGCUCACCUACACCGCAUAGACUAUCCAGCAGUAAAUCGAUUAGCAAACCCGUCCAGUCAGACAAUGUCAGCACCAGCAGCGCAGACUCUGGUGUCGGGAGCAUUCAGGACAAGCUUCCACCCCGGGUGCCUCCGUACUCAAAGCUGCAGGACCUGGCAGGACUGACCACCACAGCGCCGUGCCUGACCCCGAGCCCUGCCCCGCUUCUCAACGUGAACACGUCCGACUGCUUCUCCAGCACAUCCAUGAGUCGCAGCACCUCGGGCUCCCCUCUGCUCUACCCCAGGCUCUCUGGCCUGCACCGCAGCAUGGAGUCACUGCCCCUGCAGAUGAGCGUCUCGCCGGCCGGGGACAGCGGCUCGGACACGGGCUCCAGGCAUGAGGACAGAGCCUCGCUCGGCGGCUGGAGCAGUGGCAGCAGGACAUCUCUGUCAUUGAUUGACAGCACACAAAGGGAUAGAAACACUCUCCCAAAGAAAGGAUUAAGUCAGUACAGCAGCGCCCAGUCUGAGGAUGAAAGCAAAGAGAGGCGUCACUCUCACACCAUCAUGAGUCUCGCAGAGUCGGCCAGUCCCCCUCAGCUGCCCUCUCCCAUCUCUCUGCCCAUGUCCUGUGGCAAGAGCCCACUCACCAACGUGGUGGCCCCCAGUCCAGGGAGUGGUACCCCCAGGAUGACCCGGUCCAACAGCAUCCCCACCCACGAUGCCGGAUUUGAGCUGUACACUGCCUCCCCGCUGGGCAGCACCCUGUCCCUGGUGGAGAGACCCAAGAGCAUGAUCCGCUCGGGCUCCUUCAGGGACCGAGAUCCCGGGGAUGAUGUUCAUGGCUCCAUGCUCUCUUUGGCAUCCAGUGUGUCUUCCAGCUAUUCCUCGGCUGAGGAGAGGAUACAGGGCGAGCAAAUCCGUAAACUGCGGAGGGAGCUGGAAUCCUCCCAGGAUAAGGUUGCCUGUCUAACCAGCCAGCUGUCUGCAAACGCGAAUCUGGUUGCAGCAUUUGAACAGAGUUUGACCCUCAUGACGACCAGGCUGCAGUCGCUGUCCAUGACUGCUGAACAGAAGGACUCGGAGUUGCAAGACCUGCGUGACACCAUCGAGUCCCUAAAGACCAAGAACCAGGAGGCCCAAGAAGUUAUACAUGGAGCCCUUAAUAGCCACGAGAACGGUCCAAAUGAGUUGCGGAUGAGGAGGCAGAACUCUUCAGAGAGCAUCUCCAGUCUCAACAGCAUCACCAGCCACUCCAGCAUAGGCAGCCUCAAAGAGCAGGAGGCCAAGAAGAAGAAGAAGAAGAGCUGGGUGGUUGAGCUGAGGAGCUCUUUCAACAAGGCUUUCAGCAUCAAGAAAGGCUCCAAGACUGGCUCUUUCUACUCAGACAUUGAGGAGAUCGCCACUCCUGAUUCCUCUGCCCCCAACUCCCCCAAACUUGUCCACGAGGGCGGGGAGAACCCGGACCAGCUUCCUGAGCAGACUGUGUCAGCCACUUCAUCCAUAAUCUUCGAAACGAGCGAGGAGAACGAAAAUGAUGAGAAAGUUGUGUCCGACCUUCGCUCUGAGCUCUGGGAGAAGGAGAUGAAGCUGACGGAUAUUCGCCUGGAGGCCCUGAGUUCAGCACACCAGCUCGAGCAACUGCGAGAGGCCAUGAAUAGCAUGCAGUCGACUGUGGAAAAUCUGAAAGCAGAGAACAGUCAGCUGAAGACCGGAACCCCGACCACUGGACCGUCCAUGUCCACGUCCCAGCCCUCGGGUCUGUCAUCGUUACUGGGCUCGUCACCUCAGAGGUCCAUGAACAUGUCCCUCACCAAGUCCUUCAGUCUCAGCCUUAACGAGUGCAGCGACCCUGAAAUCACACCCAUAAACAUGCUGAGCCUGUCUGCUCAGAGAGAUAACGUUUCUGUGCGUGUGGUGGUCCGCAUAGACCACACACCCUCAAAAGAGACAAAGCAGCAGGACUUUUACAUUGGCUCUGCGAGAAUUAAUGCUAAAACUGACUGGCUGAAGCUUGAUAAAUUCAUCAUGCUGGCUUUUACGGACUACAUCAGCAAGGUGGACCCUGCCUCCAGCAUGGGCCUGUCCCCCGACUCCAUCCACAGCUAUGACAUCUACCACACCCAGAGGGUGCUAGGGACCGAGCCUCCGGAAAGCACACCGGCUCACUGCUUGGGCAAAGGGCCCGGCCGCAUCACCGUGUCCCUGAAGGGCCUGAAGGAGAAGUGUGUGGACAGCCUUGUGUUUGAGACGCUCAUCCCCAAGCCCAUGCUGCAGCACUACAUCAGUCUUCUGCUCAAGCACCGGCGCCUGGUCUUCUCUGGGCCCAGCGGCACGGGCAAAUCCUACCUCACCUCACGCCUGGCCGACUACCUGCUGGAGCGCAGCGGGCAGGAGCCGGCCGCUGGCGCCGCCGUCACCUUCAACAUGCACCACCGCUCCUGCAAGGAUCUUCAAUUAUAUCUGUCCAACCUGGCCAAUCAGAUUGACCGAGAGAUCAGUACUGGCGAUAUCCCACUGGUGAUUAUUCUGGAUGAUAUUAGUGAUGCGACUGCCAUAAGUGAGCUCGUCAACAGUGCCCUUACAUGCAAAUAUCAUAAAUGCCCAUAUAUCAUUGGAACAACAAAUCAGUGUGUGAAAAUGGCAUCUAAUCAUGGCCUACAUCUUAGCUUUAGGAUGGUCACGUUUUCCAACAACGUGGAACCAGCAAAUGGAUUCCUAGUGCGUUACUUGCACAGGAAGCUAAUUGAGUCUGAGAACGAAAGCACUUUGACCAGUGAGGAACUCUUACGGGUGCUGGACUGGGUCCCCAAACUCUGGUACCACCUGCACACUUUCCUGGAGAAGCAUAGCACUUCUGAUUUCCUUAUAGGCCCUUGCUUCUUCCUCUCCUGUCCGGUCACAGUAGAGGAAUUCCGACCCUGGUUCAUUGACCUAUGGAACCAGUCCAUCAUCCCAUAUUUGCAAGAGGGUGCCAGGGAUGGCUUAAAGGUACAAAGGCAGAGGCCAGCGUGGGAAGACCCAGUAGAGUGGGUGAGGGACACACUCCCAUGGCCGUCAGCCCAGCAGGACCAGGCCAAGCUCUUCCACCUGCCUCCCCCCACAGUGGACUCCAGCAGCUCCGGGCAGCCCUGCGAGGAGAGGGCGGCCAAGGAGGCGCCGCUACCCAGCUCACUGGAGUCUGAUCCGUUGAUGGCUAUGCUGCUAAAACUCCAAGAGUCUGCCAACUUUGUUGAGUCACCUGAAGCAGACCUCUUGGGGGAGCCCAACUUCCAGGCCACACUAUGAUCUUCAAAUCACCAUAGAGACCAUCCUCUUGCCAUAAAGACUGAUCACGCGCCACAAAGAUUGACCGUUUGCUAAAUGGCUUGGGCUGUUAUCCAUUCUCUCACAUUGUUGGUUCACAGUCCCCAUUCCUUCCCCUACUGUUGAGCCCAGUUAUAAGUGGAACACUUUUGUAUACUGUCCUUUUUUCUUCUUCCUCGAACAGCUGGUCAAGCUUAUCUGAGUUGGUUCACCUCCCAGUGUAAGGGAGUGGAGUAGUCUUGUUACAUUUGGCACCAAAUGUACGACAGUAGACUGUUGCCCUAUUUGCUCCCGCCCUUUCCUUGUUUAAAUGAACAAGUGUUUGGCAAUCACCAAAGUACCCCUGGGUGAUUAUCCAGACAUCCCUUUGGAGCCGGUAGCCGCUCCCUCUUAGAGACAGCUGCUGACUGGAUAUGUAACAGUUGUCAUUCAGUGUGCGUCACCACUCCAGACUGUUAGUUAUUUAUAAUUUACAACUUAUCACUACUCAGCUUGUGAUCUUUCCCUGUAUACUAUUUCCCCCAUUGUUUACACUGAUCUUGCUGCACCUUAGUAUUUCCUUUGACAUAUACGCCCCCAUACAGUUAUCAGUACCAAGGGCAAAGUUGGUCAGAAACGCUCAAAACAUGACAGUUAAUCACAAGAAAGGAAAGAGAUCAGUAUCAUGCUUCUUUUGCUUCUGCUUUACAUACAGGCUUCAUAAGUUCAGGCCACACCCGGUUUCUUUCCCAUUUUCAGAAAUCAAAUGAGGGAGCAAUUGGUAUAUUGUUUGGUGAUGGUGGUGUACAAACAAACAUAUAGGUGAAUAAUCCUGUUAAUAGUUUUUAUGGAACAAAUAACCUGGAUUUUGAAUCCCAAACUGGGAUACAGUAAACAUUCAAUAAUCAAGUUGUUUGGGACCAAGCCACACUUAUGCAACUUAUUCAAUAUAAUGUAUGGUGCUCAGACAACCGCCUUAUAUGUUUCUCAGUCAUGAUUUAUGAUGUCACUAACAUACAAAAUCAUAGCUAUUCCUCAUUGAAAAAGGAAUGAUCAUUUGUACCAUGCACAGGUUGCAGGUUAACACUUUAGAUCGUUGUGUCACACUGAUCACUUUUACAUGUUCUGUUGUACCAGAUACAGUAGGUCUGUAAAUAACACACAGUGUUCUUCGGUGAACCACACAGUGUUCAUUUGGGUUCCUUUUUGUCAGACUGAUUGAGCAGCACAGUUUGAAGAAAACAGCUUGGACUCUAAAAGUGCGGUUAACGCACAGCAAUAUCAGCUGUGUGGACUAUUUUGCCUUCAUGUAGCUCGCUAAUGUCACUGGCGCAAUGCUAAUCUUCCAAAGGGGGGUACUUAUCAUGCCAUCGUGGUGUCAUGGCAUGUCAACAUAUUUCUCAUGCUACAUUGUUUGCUCCUCAAUUCGGUUCCACCAAAUACCACUCAAUGGAAGCGAGAAGUUCUUUUUUAAAAAAAAACAUGCAUUUGUGUUGCUCAACAUUCUUUACAUUAUUGUAAUGUAGGGAAAAUGUUACGUGAAAAGAAAAAAAAGAAACCAGACAAGAAACCACACGAAAAUGUAAGAAUGUAUAUCAAACUCUUGGUGACCUCGCUCAAUUUCAGAUUGUUCAAAAUAUGUCCCAGAAAGAAUAUAACAGGUAUGGCCUUGUUAGCAUAUUGAUUCUAUCUUGAGCCUCAGAGCAUGAUUGUAGAAAGCAUGAUAUGUCCGAGCAUUUACCAUUUGAUAUAAAAAAGAUUUCAGUCCUACUCCUGAAAUGAAUCAAACAAAACCCAAGACAUGAAAAGUAAGAUAAGCCAUGUUUGAUUCAAACCAUGGAAAGGACCAUCUAUAUGUCAAUGGCUUUCUGACUUUCAUUUUCAAAUACUCUAAGCUUUCUGUAGUGAAUUAUCAGCAUGGCCACACUUGAUUGGUCGACAAAAAACAUGGUAAUGUGUGAUAUUACAGUGUUUAUAAUGGUGACUAUAUGACAGUAGUGCACUACUGUAGAAAUACUCCUAUAGUUUACCCUAUGAGGAGGUUGAAACAAAGUGCUUAAAAUCGGAAUUGGUUUUGUCUUAAAUAGUGUGCCUUCAAGUGAAUGCACUGAUAGUUCGCUAUAAUUGCCAUUGCAAGUGUUGCAUGCUUAGAUAUAUGACCUUGUCAGCCAAAUAUGCCAUUUACUGUAAGCCAACAAGCCUAUCAUAAGAGAUGAUGCUUGCAGAUUCUGUGAUAUUAUUCUCAGACGACCCAGCAUAGGACCUUUUCUAUGUCAUUUUAUAAGAUGAUUUAUAAAAAAAUACAUACCAACCUGUCAUCUGUAAGUAUAGUAGUCUUAAGGUAAAUACACACACACCUAUAAGAAUUCACUGUAAAUGUAACAUCUGUCCAAAAAUGUGUCAUGUAAUUCCAUUCAUAUUAGCGUUAUAAUAUCAACAAUAACAAAACUACCCAGGAGCUCGAUAAACUGCCACUAAUGUUAUAUGUAACCAUUCUUAAUUUCAACAUAAAAUCCUGCAGAUUUAUUCAAGUUUCCCCUAGGUUGCUUUGCUCAAUGGAAGUCUCAGACAAGUGAUAUUUUAAGAUGGCAUUUAAAAUCAAGUCGGCCUGUUUACAACAGUAGUCAUCUAGGUAACUGUCAAGCACUUCAGGCAUCCCUGUUAGCCUGUGGUUGAAGAUGAGUUUUCAACUGUCAAACAUGUGCCUAAGUGAGGUAAUAGCAUUCAAGUGAUCAAGAGUGCUUAAAACAAUGAACUCCCUUGUGUGUAGCAGAUGACUGGAAAAGUGUUGAAAACAUGCAAGCUUUUAUUUCUUUCUUCUUCCUAUAUUAUGGCUCCUCCUUACCCCUCCCCCCUACUCAAGUUUGAACAUUGCUGCUUUUUGUGUAUGUUACCCCGUGUGUUGAAAUUGUUGCUCUAGUCUAGAGAUGUUGAAUGGCUGGACGGUUCAGCAACUUCUAUUGGCUUUGAAUGCUACAGUUACGAGAGACCUUUCAUCAAAUUCCAAGAGAUUUGAUUUUCUCUGAGCCAUUUGGUCCUAUGCGUUUGAUCUUAUGGAUGUGCUGUUAUGUAAUUACUAUUUAUUUAUUUGCUUUAUGACACUGAAAGACUAUUAAAUAACAGAUGUUUUGCUUUAAAAGCUGCAGUAUCUGGACUACUAUCCAAUAUACUUACGAGUCCUACAUUAAUCACCUUAUAGGGUGGAGCGGAAUAAAAAGGCUAUUGACAAAUAAGACCCUCAUUGCCAAAGCCAACAGAGGUUGCCGAAGCAUCUUAUGGAGGUUUUAAAAACUGUGGAUGUGACAACAGUGAAAUGAUGUGACUGAAAUGUAAAAUAAGCAAUGCUGAAGCUGCCGUGCAAGCUGCCACAAGUGUUAGGAAUGCGUGUCAGCUUGGUUGAUUUGCUUAAAUUGCAUUAGAAGACCUUUGUAUCCCUCUGGGGGAGUUUAAAAUAAUGUUUAUUUUGUUUCUUUCUUCUUGUUCUUCUUACUUUUUGAAAAAGGAACUUGUUUUCUUAUGAAAUUCUUUGUAAAACUUUCUACUUUGUACAGAACACUUCAGAUGUAAACAGUGUAUAUAGUUGCCUCAUUCGCGACAACAAUCACAUUCAAAUAGAUGUUAAAGGAGAAAAUCUAGCUCGGGAUUGUUAUAUGAGGGACAAAGAUUGAUUUGUUUUUUUAUGUCUGCGCUGAAGGUCCUAAAUCCAAAAAGGGUCCUUAAAGGCAUGUUUUGGAAGUGGAAAGUUCCAUCCAUUUAACAUGUUCAGUUCUCUCAAUAAAGUCAUGCCAUUCUUUA